AUGCUCAAGGCACUACAGAUCACCCCGCCACAGUCGCUGACUGCUCCCGGAGACGGCGGGAACCAUCCGACUAACACUCUGAGCGUGGGCAGCAGCUGCAGUACAGGGAGCGGGAGUAGUCUGGACGGCGAGACGUACCCCCUGCGGACAGCGGCGAGCGCCGGGUACCCAAACGGCCAGAUGAUGGGCGAGUUCAACGUUUUCCACGACUACCUGGGGCUCGUCAAGAUCGUCGAGGGCUUCGCGCGAGAGAGCUCCAACUCGCCCACCGAGCGCGAACUCCGGGAACGUCGCGACAGCCUCGGCUCGGCGGGCUCCGAUUUCUCCUCGUCCUCCAGCGAUGGACCCGACGUUGUGGACGUAUACUACCCGUACGGCGGCGGGGACGUUUUCAAGCAGGCCUUCACCGAGUCCGUAGACGACCUGCCUCACUUCGCUGGACUGGGAAGCGGCAGGAACGGGCCUUCGCCCUUUGGAGGAUCCGGGGACUCUUCCAUGGGCCCCCUCCCCCAUUCACUGCUACUCCGGAGUGCUACUACGAAACUGCCCACCGCCGCAGCAAAGAAGCCGCAAGUUUGCGUCUUCUGUCGUAACAACGGGGAGACGGAGAGUUUCUACACUUCGCACUACCUGAAGGACGCGGACGGGAAGGUGACUUGCCCCGUGCUCCGCGCCUACACCUGCCCGCUGUGCGGAGCUAACGGAGACGCUGCUCACACCAUCAAGUACUGCCCUGAAAACUCCCAGAGUGUCAAAAACGGCAGCACUGGCAUGAAGAGGCCCACAGUCACCAUCACCCGCAAGAAAUAG